CAAGGCUCUUAAAAGUUAAACAACAAAAGCAAAGAAAAUUUGAAAAAAACGUAGCAUAAGAAUAGAGAGCCACAGCAACGCGUGGCAGGGCAUAGCUAGUAUAUUUAUAAAAAGAAAUAACGUGCAAAUUUUCUACUCUUAUGACAUAUCAAGAGACUUAAUAUUUUACAACAAAGAAUAAUCAAGUAGAAUAUCAGAAGUGAACGUAAUAUAUGUAGCUAUUGUUUUACUGAAAAAUUUAGAGAUGUAUUUAAUAUAAGAAAAAACUUCUUUAACCUUGCAGACCAUCAGUCUUCUUAUGUUGAAUCAAAGAAAGUUUUAAUUAAAAAGAAAAACGGAUAUAAAAUUAUACAAUAAACGAACCUCCAAACAAAAAAUGUAAAAAAAGGUGAAAAGGAAGUAGACUAUUUGUACUUUGAUAUUUAAAAUAACUUUAUUUUCUACAAACGCAACCAAAAAUAGUUUAUUGUCUUCCAAACGUCUUAUAUAAAAUUUAAUAUGACACAUAGCACAAAUAUAAUAUAUGUGUAUAGUAGAAGUCAUUUUAUGCACAAAUACGCACGUUAAUGAUGUUUUUGUAUAUAUCAUUGUCUAUAAACUGUGUUUCUCGAGCGUAAAGAAAUUUAUAUUGUGCAAGUAAACAUUCUUUUUUGGCAAGCAAGUUCCUGUUUGAUCGGUGAAGGAAAUGCGAUGAAACAUUAAUAUGAUUCUUUUACUUGUACUACAUCGCAAGUUUCUAAUAUUACGUAUGCCGAUUGUAGGAGACGUAGCGUAGAGUAUGAAAAAUCAUUAAUGUUGUAACGUAUUUCUCGUUCACAGAUAAGAGACUAAUCAUUUUGUACCGUUUCUAUAGAGAAUGUAAUAAUUAACAACAACGCCGAAAAUAUCAUUGUCAAAUUGAAAAUUUUAUAUCAAUAAUCAUUGAAAUCAUUAAAAUUACGGAAUUUAUAUGGCGCAAUAAAAAAGAACUACAACAUAAUUAUUUCUAAUAAAUACUAAUGAUAAUAAAAUUUCAUAUAUUUAAUUAUUUAGGAAACAUAAUUUUUAUAUAAUUUGCAUACGAUAUAAAUAUAAAUAUGUAUAAUAAUUAAACAAACAAAAUUAUAAGAAAUAGAACCCGAACUGUAUUAAUUCAGAUGAAUUUUUUAAAUUAUAUUAUUUAUAAGUAAUAUUGUACAUAUUGCGAUUUUUAAAAUAUUUUAAUUAAAUGGUACUAUUUUUAGACGUCUGAUACAUAUUUUUUUUAAUUGACAUCAGAAAUACGAAUCAUACAUCGUAAAUUAAUAUGAAGAACGUCGCGAAACCGAACGCAGAACAAAAAGAUAUUUCCGUGGCAUCGUCGCAUGCCAUGAUCAGCAAUCACUAUCGCGUUUUGCGAGAUAAAUGAUAAGAGAAAAGAAUAGGGAAAAGACGUAGUAACUCAUUACAGAAACCCGAACGGGACAGAAAGAAAAUGACUUCCACUUGUGUUAACGAGAAGAUAGAGAAGCAUUUUUAUAAAGACUAUGUUAUAGUGUGCACCAAUAAAUUUCUCUUCGGAGUUGUGUGAUACAUUUCUGGCUAAACAAUCUGGAGACUUAAAUAUACUCGGACGUCACUCGGGUUGAGCACCGUCAGUCAUUGCUGCUUUGAAGACAUGACGGGUUCCAAGCACGUGCAGUUCCUGGCCGCUGCGACAUGCAGUUUAUCUUUAUUCGCUGUUGGUGCCAUGACAGUAUGGACGAGUCCUGUUCUUCCUAACUUAAUGAUCGGGAACGGACCAUUGGGUUCACCAAUUAGUAGCGAGCAGAGUUCUUGGAUAGGAUCUCUAUUGGCCGUCGGUGCUAUUCCUGGCAGCUUCAUAGCAGGGUACCUCGCAGACAGAUGGGGCCGUAAAAGAACGUUGCUAUUUUGUACAGUGCCGUUUUUAAUUGGAUGGAUACUUCUUGCCACUGCAAAUCACGUUGAACAACUUUAUGUCGCGCGAUUUAUACAUGGAUUGACUAAAUCUGUUUCAUUCGUGAUCUUUCCCAUGUAUUGUGGUGAAAUUGCUGAGACUUCUAUCAGAGGAACAUUAGGCUCUUUUAUGGAGGCCUCUAACGCACUUGGAGGGCUAUAUGCUUUUGCUAUUGGACCGUUUGUCAGCUACACGAUUUUUUGCAUUGUCUGUGGCAUUCUGCCAGUUAUUUUUUUUGUUUGCUUCAUGAUAAUGCCCGAGUCUCCAUACUUCCUUCUCAGAAACGGUCGCAGAAAUAAAGCAGUCGCUUCUCUAGCGAAACUCCGAGGCAAAUCCAAAGCGAUUGUUCAGAAGGAAGCCGAUGAAAUACAAGUUAUACUCGAUGAGAAUUACAAGAAUCAAGUUAGUAUCUCAGUCCUGUUCAAAGUGAAAGCGAACUUUAAGGCGUUGAUCUACACGUGUACCUUACUUACCUUUCAACAGUUGACCGGUAUAGAUAUGGUUUUAAUGUAUACUCAAAGCAUUUUUGAAGCUGCCGGGGGUAGUGUGCCCAGUAAACAGGCACCGAUUAUUCUCGCAACUGUGCGCGUGCUAGCGUCAGCGAUGACACCCGUAAUUAUCGAUUGGUCAGGUAGACGAAUUCUCCUAAUUUUCUCCGGUAUCGGCGAAACAAUCAGCUUGUGUGCCCUGGGUUUGUACUUCUACCUGAAGGACGUACAGCAUGCAAAUGACACAGUAGAGCAGAUUUCCUGGUUGCCGGUGGUCGCGCUCACCACCUUCGUCGCUACGUACUGCAUAGGUUGGGGACCAGUUCCAUGGGCGAUGAUAAGCGAAAUGUUCGCCUCGAAUGUCAAAGCUAAGGCUUCCGCUAUAUCGAAUUUCCUCUUCUGGUCGUUAGGCUUUCUCAUAGUCAAAUUUUCUAGUAACAUUAACGAAGCGUUUGGCAAGUACACAAUAUUUUGGACGUUUGGAGGAUUCUGCUUCCUCAGUAUUCUUUUCACGGUAUCCUUUUUGCCCGAAACGAAAGGCAAGUCUCUUCAGCAAAUCCAGAAUGAACUUAGUGGCGUGACUUGGAUAACAUGUAUGUCAAAAACGGAACAAAGAAGUGAGGAGAAAGCACUCACGUCUGAUCCUAACAAACGGUGUACGCUAACCACCUGAUAAUUUCGUUAGACUUUUAAAUAAUUAUUUAUAUUUAUAAAAAGAAAUAACGUGCAAAUUUUUUUAUGGCAUAUGAAGUGACUUAAUAUUUUACAAUAAUGAAUAAUUAAUAUAAGUAAAAAUGAAGCUAAUAUAUGUACCUAUUGUUUUACUGCCAAAUUUAGAGAUAUAGUUAACAUAAGAAAAAAGCAUUUUUAAGGUUGUGGAUCAUCAGUCUCCCUACUAAUAUUGAAUCAAAGAGAUUUUAAUUAAAAAGAAAAACGAAUAUUAAAUUAUACAAUAAAUGAACGUCUAAAUUAACAAUUUAAGAGAGGGUAAAGAGGAGGUACACUAUUUUUUUUUGAUAUUUGAAAUAACUUCUUUAUAUUCUAUACGUAACCAAAAAUACUUUAUUGUCUUCCAAACGUCUUUACAUAAAAUUUAAUAUGGCACGGAAUACAAUUAUAAUAUAUAUGUAUAAUAGAAGUCAUUUUAUGCACAAAUACGCUUAUUAAUAAUAUUUUGGUGCAUAUCAUUGUUUAUAAACUUUCUCGAGUGUAGAGAAAUUUAUAACGUGCAAGUAAAUGGUUUUUUUUGACAAGUAAGUUUUUGCUUGGUCAGUGAAGGAAAUGCAAUAAGAUACCAAUAUGAUUCUUCUACUUGUAUUUUAUGAAAAAUCUUUAAUAUUACAUAUACUGACUGUAGAAAACGUAGCAUAAAAUAUAAAAAAUGAGUUUGCAGCGUAUUUCUAUAUCAUGGAUAAGAAACUAGUCAUUUUGUAACAUCUGUAUACAGAAUGUAAUAAUUAACAACGACGUCAAAAAUAUCAUUGUUAAAUGGAAAAUUUCAUGUCAAUAAUUAUUGAAAUCAUUAAAACUGGCAAUAAUUUAAAAAAUUUAUAUGGCGCAAAAGUGAAAACAAGCUAUAACAUAGUUAUUUUUAAUAAAUAUUCACCAUAACAAAAUUUUA